AUCUCUUACUAACAACAAGCUUGAGCAAUUCUAUCUUCCACCAACAAUUCUCACAUCUACCCGUUCAUUCAAGCCGUCUAUCGAGAACAAAAAACACACACAAGACAAUCGCAUAGUACAAUUCUGUGUGAUACGAUAGUUACUGAGCUACACCGAUAACGCAAGCAAGCGACCGAUAACUAUCAACCUCAAUCGCAACCUCAAUCGCAACUCAUCCAACGUGCCAUUCCCAGGUUAUUCAAUAUGACCGCCGGCCUUAAAACAAUAAUUUCCCUCUCUUUCUCUCUAAUAUCCCCCCUAGGUCCUCGCUCUCGGAUUCCUCCUCGUAAUCCUCUCUUGCGCGCUCUUCCACCAAUACCUUCCCCUCCUUGUCGUUCUCACAUUCAUUAUCGCUCUCUCCCCAAUUUCUCGCAUCCCGCUGUUCUUCUCCCGAUGACUUUUCCGAUUCUUCCUCUUCUGGAGUUCUCGAUCUCGGUCGUUUCGCAACGGGUUUCUUCUCUUCCGGCGGUGUUGGCGCAUAGUCAUAUUAUUACUGUGCCAGCCAUGGUCAUGAGCAUUAUUGGCGGUGUGCUGAUUUACGGCACGGUGAUUAGUUUUGGAAUGUUUUUCCAGGAGGAGGCUGAGUUUUAG